AUGGAAGAGGUAAAAAAGAAGCAACCGGUGCCCGUAUCGGUGGUAAAGGAGAUACUGGGCAGGAACGAGCCUGACUCCAUGGAUCAGAUACAGCGCUGGACGUUUGAUUACGUCUCCAAGUUUGGCAAGGUGGAUCACGACAGCGCAAAAGUAAUGAUGCAGCGGUUGGUGGGUGAGUGCGACCUGACCGAGGAAGAGGCAGUGGAGAUAGUGAACAUACUGCCCACCACGAUGACUGAGCUGCGCUCGUUUACCUUUGGCUGGAAGAAGCUAAUCCUUGCAGAGACGCUUGAAAAGAUACUAAAGAUCCUCAAGGAGAACUCUUAG